AGGAGGAUGCCUCCGUAUCAAAAGACGGCGCGCCCCAGCAGCAGCCUGCAAAGCCCCAAGCAACGUUCCUCACCAAGCUCUACGCUCUCCUCGAGCGCCCGGAGAAUCAUCACAUGAUUCGCUGGGACCCAGCUGGAGAGCAUAUCAUCGUCGAGCGACCAGAGCAACUCGCCCUCCAUGUCCUGCCCAGCGUUUACCGCCAGUCGCGCUUUGCUUCUUUCUCUCGGCAACUAAACAUUUAUGGCUUCAUGCGCAAGGUCAAUCUUCGCAACGUGGACCCGGCUAUCGACGAUCCCGACGCCAGCACCUGGUCGCACCCUACCCUCAACAGGCACUCGCCUCCGGAGGUCGUCGCGAACUUCAAGCGUCGCGUGCCCCCUCGUCUCCCCAAACCGCGUAAACAGACCAACGAUGUUCCCCAAAUACCACCACCGCGUUCUGCGAUUGGUACGGGUGCCAUGCCAUUUUCCAUGCCUUCGGGUGAUUUAUCACCUUACAACAAAGGUGGUCGCUCGCGGGGAUUCUCUGCCCCUGGCUCUUUUACGCCGCUUAACCAGCCUGGCGCUGCUGGCUGGGGUGCUAGCUACCCUCGCUCUACUCUGCCUCCCUUGAAUGUCCCUUCCGAUCCGCCGCUUUCGUCACACGGUGGCAUGUAUUCGCACUCCUCUCAUACCCUGCACCCGGUUACCCCUACUGAAGAUACCCAGUCCUCUGCAUUCGGCUCCAUGAGUUAUUCUUCCUCCGGACGUGAUACGAUGAUUCUUCCGUCCCCUUCUUCGCAAUACCAGUACUCUGACCAGCAGAGUAACUGGUCUUUCUCAUCCGGCGCGCCGAGCGCGCACUCUACCGGUUCCCUCUCGAGCCUCUUGAACCCUACGGCGAGCAGCACAAGUCUUGCUAGCGGUUAUUCGGGCUCUUCUCGCCCUCAACCUGCUGCCAUAAACACUUACACGUCUUCCUAUGCCCCGUUGAGCCGAAACCACCACAGCGCUGGACCGGUGUCCCCUGAUAGUCGGCCGACCUCCGGCUACUCAGCGUCGUCCAUGUCAUCUCUGCCGACGCCCUACGAGGACCAGAGCGCGCACCACUUCGGCGGCCACGACUACUCACGGCCUAGCUCGGGACAUCACCGUCCCAUGAGCCCGUCAUCAUCUCGUCCGCCCUCAUCGAAGUCGUAUGCGAACGGGAGCUCGCUGAGCGUCCGUCGUGAGCGGCGGCACAGCCAGGCGAUGUCGCCUUACCCAUCGCCGUACUCUGAGCACCCGUCUCAGCGUCCUUCGACGUCUCCGCACCCUGCAGAAGACCACGCGGGCAAUAGCGGGAUUCCUCGUGUGCGGAGCAUGAUUCAGCUCCCCUCCGUCGACAACUACAGCUUCAAUCCCGCGCAAGGGGACUUCGCCUACGCGGUUGACGAGCAGAACCAAGGCAAUGGCAUGUAUGGCGUUCCCGGUUCCAGGAGUGUACGGCCGUCGACGAGUGCGUCGUCGCUCAGCACGACUAGUUCUGCGGCCAACACCCCAGCGGCGGACGGGUAUGGCAAUGGCGCAGCCGAGGCGGAUAUCACCCGAUAUUCACCCGACUACGGCUUCGUCCCGAUGAACGAACACCUCCCGCAGUACGCUAAGAACGAGAUGUAGAUCGUCGACUCCUACCCUGGUGCCUCGACUUCGUUCUUCUCGCCCUGGACCGGCGUUCGGAUGCUUCCCCCGUACAUGCGCGCUCUCGCCCUCCCUGCUUCACUCCAUAGACGUCUCGGCUCUCGGCUCGGAAUCAUUAACUCUAUGUGAUCUUGCUUGCUUGCCUCGCUCUCUCGCGUUUCCUCCGUCAUCGCUUCUACUCGGACGCCGACGAACGUUGUGGAUAGUCUCGCAUAGGGGAUAGGAAGGGGUUCUCAAAAAGGAAAUGGGCGGCUACGUGGGACUCGAUGAUCUGGUCAGCUCGCGAGGUGGUGUGAUGGUGGCUGGGCUUGCAUGUUAUGGUCUUGCCCGCGCCAGCAUCAGCCAUCGUCGGCGAGUAUCUGCAGGAUCAGAUGUCAUCGCACGGCGACUUGCCCGUGUUGCCCAUGGCCGUAUGGUUGCUGCCUGUGCGAUGCUGUUUGCAGUGGCGCCGGUCCGGUGACAUGGGCGCAGCGUCUACCAGUCUCACGGCGCCUCCCGCACAUCGUUCUGAUAUGCGCAUCGGACGCUUCUGUUUACGUUUUUCUGUUCGGGUCGGGCGUUGACGGACUAGGCUGUUAAUCUCAGUUGCAUAGUAUCUCUGCGGACCUUUCCAACCGUUCUCCCGCCAUCCGUCCAUCCCCCAUCCCAUCUGUCGCCGGCCGUCGUGCAUGAUGUACGUCUGCUUUCGUUCCCAUUCCUGCUCGUGCAUCGCCUCGGUGCCAUUCCUGUCAGCAUUACAUGUCUCAUAUGUCUCCAGUCUGCUAUGUCGCUAGUCUGUCGCUUUCCGUGUAGUACUUCUUCCGUCCUCGCUGUAUUUCUCGCUCGCUCGUCCGCGCGUCCGGCUUCCUUGCGCCCGCCGUGGUCUUUACCUUUGCUCGCUCUGUGUAACAUUUUUAUUCUCUGGUUUCGUGUCGAUCUCGUCCGCAAUUCCCCCGUAU